AUGUCAGACUGCAGCUUAUUCAGCUCCGAAUCUUUAGGCUCCACGGUAGAUCCUCUCAUGGGAUGCGCUGGGCCACUAUUCCCUCUUCUUGGCGGCGUAGCUGAUCUUGUCAACCGGGUUCAGCGAAAGCAGGAAAAGCUCAACUCGCCAGCAAUUGUCUCUGCGGCAGUCCGUCUAAAGACUUCAAUCGAGCGAUGGGAACCCUGCACUGAGCUGGAUGAAGAACCCCGGGAGACCCAACUGUCUUCAAGCGCGAUUGAUCUGAUACAAACAGCCAAUGCGUAUAAGUGGGCAACCUUGCUGCUUCUUCACCAGGCGGUGCCGGAGCUUCCGACACAAGCUUCGUUACAGGACAUGGCCAGAAAGGUCCUGAACCUUAUAGCGACUGUCCCGGAAGAUUCUCAUGCAGCCAUAUUUCCCGUAAUGCCGCUGAUGAUUGCGGGUUGCGAGGCCACCGAGAUUGAGGAUCGGAACUGGGUGUCUGAUAGGUGGGGAGUUUUAGGUUCUCGACUUACCUCGGGACUUGUCAACAGAUGUUUGGAAAUUACAGCAGAGGCUUGGAAAAGACAUGACAAGUCAUCUAACGCAACUCGUGGUGACAAGGCUUCCUCUAGCCCUUCAUGCUCGACAACGAAGCGCGAAAUACAUUGGAUGAACGUCUUGAAGGACUGGGGUUGGCAAGUUAUGCUGGGCUGA